AAUGUAGACAUGUCAACAAACAUCAAGUUCAACAGCAAAAGAUUUCCUAUCUACGUCAAGUACAAGGCAGGAUGUGGUCGGGAUGGCAAGCUUCAGGCGAUUGUCGUGGACAUCUUUGUGGACGCUGGGGUCAGGCCGACCCCCAUGGUGUUUGACUUGGUACCUCUGCUAGAUGCCGGUUAUUUCUGCCCAAACUGGCAAGUCCGACUGCAGCAGAUGAGGACCAACAAAGCUGUAGGGGCAGCCACCAGAGGGCCAGGCGCCGUGCCAGCCGCUCUGAUAAUGGAAACCGUGCUGGAACACCUGGCCAAGGAACUCAACUGGCACCCGGUGUUGUUUAAAGAGGUCAACAUAUACCAGCAGGGGCAGGUAGCCCAGGCGGUGGCCCACACCCUCAGGAUAAGUCUGGACUUCAUCAAGGUGAGACCCAACCAGAACAACGUCACUGCUAAUGCCUGGAUGUCUGGGUACAGUACAACGAGUGAGAGGUGUGUUGGGGCUGCCAUCGAGGCCUGCCACAUCAUCAACGAACGUCUGGCACCGCUGAGGGAGAAACUGCCUGACGCCUCCUGGACAAGUCUGGUAUCUGCCGCCUAUCUGGCCAGGGUGGAGCUGCAGGCCACCAACACCCACUUCCACCAUGGCGACCCUACCGUGUAUUUUACCUACAUGACGGGAGCUGUGGAGACGGAGGUCGAUGUCCUCACGGGGGAGUACCUGGUCAAGAGAGUGGACAUCAUGGCGGACAUAGGGGACAGCAUGAACCCUACCAUCGAUAUAGGACAAAUUGAAGGGGCCUUUGUUAUGGGGCUUGGUGCGUAUCUUCUAGAAAAUGUCCUGUAUGACAGCAAGACAGGUACUGUCAUCAAUGACAGCACUUGGGAAUACAAACCUCCCACAACAAAAGACAUUCCCAUAGACUGGAGGAUCCACUUGUUGCCUGAUGCCCCGAACGCUGUGGGGAUUGUCAGCUCAAAGGCUGUUGGGGAACCCCCCCAUUGGUCUGGCUGUCGGCGCUCUGCUGGCCAUCAAACACAGUGUAGAGGAGGUCAGCGAGUUCUUCACUGGUCACAGGGAGUUCAUCCCCGUAGAAGCUCCAUUCACAGUAGAAAAAAUCCAACUGGCAACAGGGAUUCAGGUCAAAGAUUUGAGAGUUACGGGACUUGGUGGGACCGCCAGACGAUAAGAACAUGUCCUAUGUGAGAUCAUGAUCUCCAUGUUGCAGUACGAACGUGUUAGCAUUUCUAAGGAAAUUUAUUUUCUCGAUGUAGAUCAUUGUUACAUGGAACUAGCAGACGUAGAAGAUGCUCCUGACCAACAAUAUAAAUCGCACUGCAGGGG